AUGGGUGGAGUCCAAAGUUUUGGUCCUGAAUAUUCUGGAAUUGCUGGCAUCGGGCGUAGAGAGUUGAGUGGUGGAUAUUCUUUACCAUCGCAAUUUGGAGCAGACAUUAUGGCCAUGUGUCUAUCGGGAAUUGACUCUCAACGAUCAACACUUAGCUUCCACACAACGCCAUUUGAGAAAACAAUAUCAGCAGAGCUAUUACCAGAUCCCUCAAAUCCUGAAUUCUAUUACGUUGACCUUUAUAAAGUUUUUAUUAACGAUAAGGAAAUCACUCUGAACCCAUCAAUUUGGAAUUUUAGAAAUGCCAUAGACUAUAGUUGCUUGGUGGAUACUGGAACAGCUGCUACCUAUUUCCCUCGAGAUUUUUAUAAUGUAUUUCGCAACACAUUCAGGCAAGAAGUACAAAACAUUCGAUUGGUUAAUGGUCCAAGACCUGGAGGUUUCGACACUUGCUAUAGGGUGGAUCCGGGGGUAGUACCAAAUUUUCCCGUUGUGAAGAUGUACUUCGGCCACCAAGACCCAAAUAAUCUGCUGUUACUGACACACCAGCGAGUCAUGGCACACGUUAGGGGGAUGUUCUGUCUAGCUUUUUUCGCAUGGGACGAAGACUAUGCAAUUUUAGGAGUUAAUCAACUCCAAGGUAUAGGAUUAACUUUUGAUACUGCAGAAAAUACUUUGUCGUUUGAAUUAGAUGCAU